UUGGAAAGGGAAAAAAAAAAAAAAAAAUUUCAAGAACUCCUUUUAUAUAAUCCUAAUUUUCUGUCUCAAAAUCUCGCAAGGGAAUUUCCGAUUUGUUUGUUUCUCACCCUAAAGCAAAACCUAAUUCUCAAUCUAUAUUUUGAUGGCAAAUUCCUGCUACGAAUUUUCUCUGCCGUUGUUUUGUUUCUUCGAUUUGAUUCCACUCGUUUCUUCUUGCGAUCUCAUAUUCUCAAAUCGCUCUCGUCUUCAGUUUCUGAUUCAGCCUUGUACGUCUUUCUGACACUUCUCACCCCUCACGUAGUCAGCAAUGGGAAAGCGUAAUUCUCAGCGUAAAAAUGCUGCGAUGCUUGAUAGUGAUGAAUUCGACGAUAGUAGUAGUGUGAGUUCGUCGUCGACUAGUCGUUCCGAUCGUAUGUCGGUGAUGGGGAACGAAGAAAUGCAAGUUGAUAAAGAUAGUUUACUUGACCAGGCUCUUGAGGCUUUAUACGAGAAAAGGGGUUCCACCAGAGAAAAUGCAUUGACGUCAAUUAUUGGAGCUUUCAAUACCACCUUGCAACAUGAGUUCGUGGAAAAGAAAUUUGUGACUUUAUUGGAACGGUGCCUGAAUUCCUUCAAAAGAGGAUCUCCCAAAGAGAUAUGUUUGGCGUCUCAUGCAAUUGGACUGUUGGCUUUGACUCUUGGUUUCGGGGAUAAUGCACAGGAGAUACUGGAAGAAUCAUUCCCUCCUCUCUCACAGGCUCUUAAGUCUGGCUCCGAAUCUUCAAAGAUAUCGUUGUUAGAGUGUCUGGCUAUCAUUACUUUCGUUGGUGGCAAUGACCCAGAACAGACAGAGAGAUCAAUGCAAGUUAUGUGGCAAGUCGUUCAUCCAAAACUCAGUUCCAAUGUAGUUGCAGUCAAGCCCUCAGGUCCCGUAAUAAGUGCAAUGGUAUCUGCAUGGUCCUUUCUUCUUACAACCAUGGAUGGAUGGAAACUCAAUCCCAAAGAUUGGCAAGAAUCACUAUCGUAUUUGUCUAGUCUUCUUGACAAGGAUGACCGGGCUGUACGAAUUGCUGCUGGUGAAGCGCUGGCUUUAAUUUUUGAGAUAGGAAGUUUAGAGAAGUUCUCUGGUGCAGCUAAAGGUCCUAGUGAUGCAUCGACUGAGGAACGAAGUAAAGCUCGGGAAUAUAUGCAUAUACGGGGAUUGAAGGCCAAAAUCAUAAGUCAAGUAAGAAACCUUUCAGCUGAGGCAGGUGGCAAAGGUUCUGUUAAGAAAGAUCUUAAUAACCAGCGGAACCUGUUUCGAGAUGUGUUAGAAUAUUUUGAGGAUGGUUAUUGUCCCGAAGUUUCUGUGAAGAUUGGUGGAGGAUCACUGGAGACCUCUUCAUGGUCUAAACUGAUACAGCUGAACUUUCUGAAGCGCUUCCUUGGGGGAGGAUUUGUCAAGCACAUGCAGGAAAAUGAAUUCCUUCAUGAUGUAUUUGGGUUUACUCCUAAGAAGUAUGUUACGGACCAUGAACAUCGCUUGUCUAGCAGUGAAAAGAGAAUGCACAGGUCGCCAAAUUCUUUUCUCAACAAAGCGAGGACUCAACAUCUAAACAAGCAGCGAAUGUUAUCAGAGGGUAAAAAUAUUGGGCAUUUCGCAGUUAAUGGGGGUGACGAGGAAGCCUAUUGUUGAAUACCUUUACUACGAUUAAACAGGAGUUUAAGGUCCUAUAUUUUCGGGCACAUACUAGCCUAAUUGAUCAAAUAGUAGCUGAUAAAAUAGGCAUUGCCUCAUUUGCUGUUGGGUUAAUAUGCAAGCAUAUUGGAUUGAAAAUGUUGUAACUUGGUAACAUUGGAAAUUUUGUUUGUUUCUGCUGACAGCGUGAAUCAAAUAAAAACCCGGAACAUUUCCUACAGAUUAAGGUUAAACAGAUGAAUAAUCUGCUUAAACAUUACUUGAACUGCUGAAGUAUUCAUUUAAUUACUUGUCUUGUGACUAAAUGUGCAAUUGACAUGAAAGUGAAGUGUGCAAUUGACUAAUGUUUAAGUUAAAGUGGUGUCUAUUUUUUGAUUAGUCGGGCAAGAGAAACAAAUGCUAAUAUCAAUAUGCGCAUCCCAGUGGAUAAAAACUUUUGUGGCUAAUGAGUCUAUGCGGUAAAGAUUCCUGACAGUAAUAAAAGCUAAACAGGUCGCGCAGUUUCAUGGCCAGGAUUAGUCUUGAUGAGCUAAGAUUGUGCUGGAGAAAAGGUUCAGGACGAGCGGCAGAAAAAGCAACUCCGGCCGAAUUUUAAAAUAUCAAGAAUAUCGGACCUUGUAAGAUUUUAAAAUUCAUUUAUAUCGUUUGGUGUUUUUAUCAAUUAUACCUUUCGUUUUAAAUUAAAGGGUGUCAUUUUC